AAUAGGCUGUGGAAGGCAGAGUUGUCCCUGUGGCCGCCAUUAAAGAAAGGAAUCCAUGAAUUCAAAUGGAAACCAACAGGAACCGAGGGCUGAAAAAAUGAUCGAAUUAAUCGUUAAAAUAUAGGAAGAUGGCAGAUUUCGAGAGGCUUUCACAGGAUGCGUUUCGUUUUUAGGCUGAAUUUUGCGAUGGAGGAGUAAGACAGGACGUUUUUAUUUUUUUUAAAGCAGAGACCGUUUUAGGGCUAAGGGGGAGGGGGAGAGUUGCUUCUUUUGCUCUCCUUUUCUUUUUGUUUUAUGAACAUUUUUCGCUUCCUUAAAUUUGUUCCCACUGUGUGCUUUGGACAUGUCUACCUAGUGACCACACAGUCUCUUUUAUGCGCUUUUAGCUCCCAUCGGAAGGUUGUGAAAUUAACUCUCCUCCAGCCAAAUGUUACAAAAAAUAUUUCUCGUUUGAUUAAGCCUGCACAUCUUUUUUUGAAAACACAAAUCCCCCUCAAAUUGUUCUUUAUUUCCCGGGACGUGAAAUGAUGGAGACUUGGAUCUAUCAGUGAAGAAGGAUGAGUGCUUGUUAUGUACCAAACGGGGCCAGCUUGGAGGAUUGCCAUUCCAAUCUAUUCUGUCUGGCUGACUUGACGGGGAUCAAAUGGAAGAGGUUUGUGUGGCAGGGUCCCACCUCUGCACCCAUCCUCUUCCCAGUAACAGAAGAGGACCCCAUCCUAUGCAGCUUCAGCCGCUGCCUGAAGGCCGACGUGCUCAGUGUAUGGCGGCGCAGCCAGCGGCAGGGCCGGAGGGAGCUUUGGCUUUUCUGGUGGGGGGACGACCCAAACUUUGCAGACCUCAUCCACCAUGAGCUCACAGCUGAGGAUGACGGCCUGUGGGAGAACGGCCUUUCCUACGAAUGCCGAACGCUCCUCUUCAAAGCCAUCCACAACCUGCUGGAGCGCUGCCUCAUGAACCGCAGCUUCGUUCGCAUCGGCAAGUGGUUCGUCAAACCGUACGAGAAGGAUGAAAAGCCCAUCAACAAGAGUGAACACCUAUCAUGCGCCUUCACCUUCUUCUUGCACGGAGAGAGCAACGUCUGCACCAGUGUGGAGAUCAACCAGCACCAACCUGUCUACCACCUGACGGAGGAGCACCUCACUCUGGCUCAGCAGGCGUCCAGCCCCUUCCAAGUGAUCCUGAGUCCUUUCGGCCUGAACGGAACACUUACCGGUCAGUCGUUCAAGAUGUCAGAUCCUCCCACGCAGAAGCUGAUUGAGGAGUGGAACCAGUUUUAUCCCAUCAGCCCGAGCGCCAAGGAGGGUGUGUCGGAGGACAAGGCAGAGGACAUGGACUGGGAGGAUGACUCUCUGGCCUCCGUAGAGGUCCUUGUAGGUGGUGUGCGGAUGGUGUACCCAGCAUGCUUAGUUCUGGUACCCCAGUCAGACAUCCCCGUUGUGGCCCCUGUGGGGUCCUCCCACUGCACUGCCGUCUACCCAGGUGGCCACCAAGUGCCUGCCCAGCGAGAGCCAGCCAUGUCCCUGGUGACCCUCACCCCUCCCACGUCGCCUGAGGAGGCGCAGACAGUGGACUCUCACUCGGCCCAGAAGUGGGUUAAAAUGCCUUCGUCCUCUGAUGCGUUCAGCGUGGACAGAACGAGUCAUCAUGGAGGCAAGGUUCCUCGACGGCUAGCCAGCCAUGUGGUGGAGCGCGUCUGGCAAGAGUGCAAUAUCAAUCGAGCCCAGAACAAGCGGAAAUUUUCAGCCAACAACGGUACCUGUGAGGAGGAUCUGGCAGAGAGUGGCGCCUGGGAUUUCGUAGAGCAUUCACAGAGGUCAUACUGCAGCUGCUCCAGGUACAAAUCAGUGAAGCAGCGAGCAGGCAGCACCCCAGGCCAAACUCAGUCUGCAGGCCAGCCCUCCCAGACUCCUACCAAGCACAAAGCCGGGGGAGAGAAGCCUGAGAAAGGUGACAAGCAGCAGAAAAGACCUCAGACGCCUUUCCAUCAUCGCAGCCUGACCUGUGAGGACACUUCGAUAGAGACCGAGACAACAGCAGGGCAGAGGUUGGCCAUGAGGGGCCAGGAUGGAGGAAGAUUCACAAGUAUUCGAUCAACAGAUGUGUCCGCCAUUCAAAAAGCCCCCCAGCUCCAUGCUGGAGGUGUCAACGCUGGGCCAUCGGAACAGGCCAACUCCCCACAACCCCCACCACUUAGCCCUCAUCCCUGUGACCGUAGCGAGGAGUCAGGAGAGGGCAUGAAGAACCCUUCAACCCCCAACAGCCAACACUUCUACCAGCCUCCCCCUGAGCCCUGCCUUGUUGGGGCGAAGGGUGGGGGCGAGGAUCCUGGAGGGCAAGAGGGUCUCAGUCAGCACUUCCACUCCCAUCACUGCCACCCUGUAGGUUCGACUUACUCCGAGCCUCCUGAGCCCACCGUGUAUGUAGGAACCGCGGUCAACCUGGAGGAUGAUAGCUCACACACACCUUGGCGGUUAUUCACUCCCCGCAGGAAAGAAGCAGAGCUGCCAACACCACUGCUACCGGGGGACAAACUGAGGGACGAGGCUGCGGCAUCACUGGACAACCUGGUGUCAGUGACAGAGGUGAUGUCCACAUCCAAAUGUCCUCUGAAGGUAUCCGAAGAACGCGUCCAGAUGUAUCGAGCCAGGAGGAACCAGUACCUGUCUGCUGCCAUAACUGACGGAGAUCACGAACCGGAGGUGGACCCUUACGCCUUCGAGGAGGGAGACGUCAAAUUCACAUUUUCCAACAAGAAGGAUAAAUCAGGAGGGGAACGUGAGCCAGGAAAGAAACAUAAGGGUGAAGAUGGAGGAGCAGGGCCAGCAGAUGAUGCUCAGCGGGCGGCCGCUCACAACCGCAUGGCUUCCACCAGCCUGAUCCACGAGACAGACCUGGUGGUGUCCAUCAACGACCUGGACAACCUCUUCAACUCGGACGAGGAUGAUCUGGCGCCCGGCUCCAGGCGACCGAUGAAUGGAACGGACGAUAAAUUUGGCAGCAAAGAACCAAAGCCAUCUACUUUGGACCCCGUCUCCUGCAUUAGCUCUGCAGACCUCCACCAGAUGUUUCCCACGCCUCCCUCUCUGGAGCAGCACAUCAUGGGCUACUCCCCCAUGAAUAUGUGCAGCAAAGACUAUGGCAGCAUGGAGCACAACACGGGGAUGACCUCGCUGGACGGCACCUCAUCUCUGAGUGGGCACUUCAAGAUCGAGGUGGAGGAGAGCUUCUGCAGCCCCAAGCCAUCGGAGAUCAAGGACUAUUCAUUCGUAUUCAAGCCAGAGCUGUGCCAGGCGUUUGUAGGCUGCUCCAUGUUCGCUCCUCUCAAGGCGUUACCCAGCCAGUGUCUCCCACCCAUUAAAAUACCUGAGGACUGCAUCUACAGGCCGAGCUGGACCAUGGGCCGGGAAAUGCUCAACCCUGUGCCUGUAAUGACCUUCCUCAACAAGGACAGUAACAUCCCCAGUGUUGGCAGCGCCUUGGACCAGGAUUACAGCCAAUCCUACACUCCUCAGACCCACACCCCCUUUAUGUCAAACAGUGCCCCACCAAGUAACAGUGGUACGGGCAUCCUGCCAUCACCCGCUACCCCUCGUUUCUCUGCCCCCACACCUCGUACACCGCGAACGCCACGCACACCUCGAGGCCCUUCUAGCGUCCAGGGAUCGCUGAAGUAUGAGAACUCGGACCUGUACUCGCCGGCAUCCACCCCCUCCACCUGCCGACCGCUCAACUCUGUCGAGCCAGCCACCGUGCCCUCCAUCCCUGAAGCCCACAGCCUCUACGUCACCCUCAUCCUGUCCGAGUCCGUCAUGAACCUCUUCAAGGACUGCAACUUUGACAGCUGCUGCAUCUGUGUUUGUAACAUGAACAUAAAAGGAGCGGACGUGGGCGUCUACCUGAGCGACCCUAUCAGCGAGGCCCAGGAAGCCUGCAGCUGUGGCUUCAGUGCCGUGGUCAACAGGCGCUACGGUAACGGCUCUGGUCUCUUCCUGGAGGACGAGCUGGACAUCAUCGGCCGGGGCUCGGACGUCAGCCGAGAGGCGGAAAAACGCUUUGAGGAGCUUCGGCUCCUGUCGCUAGAGAAAUGUGGAGUCGGAAGGGGCGACCGAGUCACAGACGAGCUGAUUCUCCUCCUGCAGGAUCAGUGUACCAACCCUUUUUCACCCAUUUCAACACUAGAGCACGACAUCGUGAUGCGGGGGCCAAGCGGGGCCCCUGUGCCAGCCUGUGUGAGAGUGGAGGAGAGGGACUACCACAGUGACUGCUACAUGGCUCUGGAGCACGGCAGGCAGUUCAUGGACAACAUGUCAGGGGGAAAAGUGGACGAGGCGCUGGUCAAGAGCACCUGCUUACACCAGUGGGCCAAAGAAAACGCGGUGGACGUGAGUGCGCUGUGCUCUCAGGACGUGCUGCGGGUGCUGAUGUCCCUCCAGCCUGUACUCCAGGACGCAAUCCAGAAGAAGAGGACAGUACGGUCGUGGGGCGUUCAGGGUCCCCUCACCUGGCAGCAGUUCCACAAGAUGGCUGGACGGGGCUCUUAUGGCACAGACGAGUCCCCAGAGCCUCUGCCCAUUCCCACCUUCCUGGUGGGUUAUGAGUAUGACUUUGUGGUGCUGUCGCCCUUCGGUCUGCCCUACUGGGAGAAACUGCUGCUGGAUCCCUUCGGCUCCCAGCGGGACGUCGGGUACCUGGUGGUUUGUCCUGACAACGAGGCUCUGCUCAGCGGUGCCAAGAGCUUCUUCCGUGACCUCACAGCUGUUUACGAGUCAUGUCGACUCGGUCAGCACCGGCCCAUUUCCAAAGGUUACCCUGACGGCAUCGUCCUUGUCGGUGGCAAUGAAGCAAAGAGCCUUGUGGAUCAGCCUGUCAGCGACUGGUUUCUAAAGGCUGCCAGCGGCAACAGUGAUGCCUUCACUAAACUCAAACUCUAUGCACAAGUGUGCCGCCACAACCUCGCUCCAUACCUCACUUCUCAGCCAUUGGACGGGUCUCUCCUCACACAGCCCACUCCCCCGCCUUCGUCCAACCAGUCCUCAUCCACACAACUUUCUAGCUCCACCUCCAACUCAGUGGGCCAGCAGGGCCCAGUGAACCCUUCAGGCUCCACCAUUCCCAACAACAGCAGCAGCAACAGUGGGUCGACAAACGGCUCGGUAUCAUCCAACAGCCUGGUGACGUCCUCAGGCCAGCCUGGCAGCGGGAUGCCGUCUGCCAAGCCCUCCUCGUUCCCCCCUUUUGGGAGCAUGAGCAGCCAGGUCCAGGGAGGAGCCCCUCAGAGUGGACAGCUGGGACAGCAGGCUGGUACCCAGAACACCAGCACCUCAGGGGACAACUCCAGCAGCCAGGCCCAGGGGCCCACAGAGCCUCCCGAAAGCACUUUGGAACGAGAAAAGGUCGGCGUGCCCACAGAUGGGGAGUCGCAUGCCAUCACGUAUCCCCCUGCCAUUGUUGUUUACAUCGUGGACCCGUUCAGCUACGAGGAGGCUGAUGGAGGUCCAGGCCCAGUCCCAGCACACUCCAGUGUGUGGACGCUGGGUUUGCUGCGCUGCUACCUUGAGAUGCUUCAGUUCUUACCCCCACACAUCCGCAACUCUAUAUCAGUACAGAUCGUCCCCUGCCAGUACCUCCUUCAGCCAGUGCGGGGUGAAGACCGUCAUAUCUACGCCCAGCACCUCAAAUCUCUAGCCUUCUCUGUCUUCACUCAGUGCAGACGGCCACUCCCCAACUCCACCAACGUCAAGUCGCUAACAGGCUUUGGUCCGGGUUUGGCCAUCGACACGGCACUGAAGAGCCCGGAGAGGCCGGAGUGUCUGCGUCUGUAUACACCUCCGUUCAUUCUUGCACCUGUGAAGGACAAGCAGACGGAGCUCGGGGAGACAUUUGGGGAGGCGUCACAGAAAUACAACGUGCUGUUUGUGGGUUACUGUCUGUCACAUGACCAGCGCUGGCUCCUGGCUACUUGCACUGACCUGUAUGGGGAACUGCUGGAGACCAGCAUCAUCAACGUAGAUGUCCCCAACAGAGCGAGGAGGAAAAAGGGCUCAGUUCGACGACUCGGCCUGCAGAAACUGUGGGAUUGGUGCUUGGGUUUGGUGCAGAUGACCUCAGUUCCCUGGAGGGUGGUGAUUGGCCGACUGGGCAGGAUAGGACACGGAGAGUUAAAAGACUGGAGUAUUCUGCUAAGCAGGAGGAACCUCCAGUCCCUCAGUCGUCGUCUGAAAGAAAUGUGUCGAAUGUGUGGCAUCUCUGCCUCAGAUACUCCCAGCAUCCUCAGUGUGUGUUUAGUUGCCAUGGAACCCCAGGGAUCUUUUAUCAUCAUGCCAGACUCGGUGUCGACAGGCUCCGUGUUUGGCCGCAGCACCACCCUGAACAUGCAGACGUCCCAGCUGAGCACCCCACAAGACACCUCCUGCACCCACAUCCUGGUCUUCCCCACCUCUGCUUUCGUCCAGGUGGCCAGCUCCAAUUACACCAACAUCGACCCCAACAUCGACAUCCUCAACGCCACCACGGAUGGGUCUGAUGCUAUCGGGAUCUUUGAUCUGCUGGACCAGGAGAACGAGCUAGUGGACCCCGACAUCAUCAACAUCUCGCCUAACACGUCCCCUGUACACUCCCCUGGCUCUCAUUACCACCAUGGAGGUGAUGGCAGUAAGGGCCAGAGUACAGACCGUAUGGAGUCUCAUGAAGAGGUCCCUAACCUCCUGCAGCAGCCCCUCGCCCUCGGCUACUUUGUCUCCACAGCUAAAGCCGGCCCGCUACCUGACUGGUUCUGGUCCGCCUGUCCGCAGGCUCAGAACCAGUGCCCACUCUUCCUCAAGGCCUCUUUGCACCUCCAUGUGUCUUCAGUGCAAUCAGAUGAACUACUGCACAGCAAACACUCCCACCCCCUCGACUCCAAUCAGACCUCAGAUGUACUCAGAUUCGUGCUGGAGCAGUACAACGCCCUCUCCUGGCUAACGUGUGACCCAGCAACACAGGACCGCCGAUCGUGUCUCCCCAUUCACUUUGUGGUGCUCAACCAGAUGUACAACUUCAUCAUGAACAUGUUGUAACCAACGUUCACAGGGAAAGGAGGGGGGAGUGGUGCCCAGGAAACAUUUCAGUGAAAGCAAAUCAACAGCUCCAAAGGCGGUUUCAUCGAGACUGAAGAAAACUGCAAGAACCAGACCAGAUCACAGAGCUGGAUUCUGCACCAAGACGAAAUGAAAUGGCUGUUGGAAGCUGAGGCGGUGCUGUUUCCCCACGGCCGUUUACUGGAGACGACAGUCCUGUCCCUGUGAUUCAAAGACAUGCACAUAGAGACAAGGGAAUAAAGAAGAUGGGAAAUAAAUGAACGUGAGAGAAUGACAGGUUGGCUGUCAUGAUAUGUAGCAUGGCAGCACAGUCACUGGCCAGUCUGUAUUGGAGAAAAAGAGUCUAUCUGUAAUGUUAUUGGAAGAAAAGGGACAUAUUUGAUCAAGAAUGGAUCUUUGGUUUUAAGACCUGAAAUUCCUUUUUAGUCAUUUGGAUGAAAUAGAAUCCAGAAGAAAUGCCUGCAUCUAUCUUAUUUAUUGUAAGUUUUUAAAUGUAUAAUUUGUCUUAUUUCUUAACCUCUUUUAUAUAUAAAAAAUGGAGAAGGUUUAUAUCACCUUCCUGCUUUAAAGCAAUUGGUCUAAGAUAUAUGUAAUCGUCUUAAUUAAAAAAACAACCAGGAAAAAAAACACAUAAAAAUGAAAUAAGGUCCCAGUAGGUUGCUUUUAGAGUAUUAUUUUUUGUAAUGGAGACAGAAUAUUUGUAUUGUCACAUUGUACAGAAGAAUUAGAGUGGAAAAUUAUGUUUCAUGCCUUUGAGCAUGAAGGACUUACAGCAAAGCUGUAGCUACAGAGGACUUGUACAGCAAUGAACUUCACUGUGUUCAAAUAAAGAGGUACAUUGUUGUAUAUAGUAUUUUAUACCACACAUUUAGACACAAAACCAAACGGCAAUAUAUAUAAAUAAUUAUAUAUGAAUGCCAUGCCAGCAGUUGGUGGUGUGGCUUCUGUUUUAGGAAUAAAGUGCGUCAACUUAU